AUGCCCCCCAACAAACGUCAAAAGCUCUCAAAACCGGAAGAAAAAGUCUCCAACGAUGAAGAGUCUCUAUCUGGCAAUGAAUCAGAAGUUUCCUUCGGCGAAGAUGAAGAAAUGGACAGUAUCUCUGGCUCAGAGAGCUCUCAACCUGAUGAAGACGACGAGAUUGAAGGAAUGACCCGACAAAAAUCGAAACAAACGUCGAAACGAAAAAUCAGAGCGACUGCUGGUACAAAAUUCGGCGCUACACUACAAUUCUUGCUGAACACCGAAACACCGUCUACCUUGCCAUUGUCUCUCAAGCCAUCAAUAGCGCGUAAGCGCAAUGAUGAAAAACUGGAACAACGGGCGAAAAAGGUCCUGCAGGUGGAGAAGAAGGAAAAAGAGGACAAAGCGAGAAUAAAGGAUGUUAUUGGCGGUUGGGGUGGCGAAAGUGAACGAGCUCUGCGCAAAGUUGCACAGAGAGGUGUCGUAAAAUUGUUCAACGUAAUUCAGCAAUCCCAGGCUUCCAUCACAGCUGCAACUGAAGACGCAAAAGCUAAUCGCGGUAGUGGAAAACCAACAUUGCCUGCGCCCAUGAUAGAAACCAAAGGCAAAAGCAAAGGGAAGAAUAAAGAUAACAUCAUUGGAAGAGGAAAAGAAAGCAAGUGCCUUUCCAAUUUGACCCUCUUAAACAUAUUCUUAACGCUUAAAAUCAGAUCUGGCGGAGUUGUCUCGAAGGCGUAA